ACACCGAAGAGAGAUGGCGGAUAUUUCAAGUCUCUUCAAAACCUUUACUCCUUCACUUUCUUCUAUAAAAACUGAUCUUCUAAGAGCGAAUCGUGAAUGUUCACAAAGGAAAUUAUUUCACAGUGCUAAGUGGGCUGCAGAGUUGCUGUAUUCCAUUGAAUCACCUGUUGACUACAAACAGAUCUUGCCUGUGCAAGAAAGACCAGAUUUUAUUGAAGAGUAUGACAAGUUCUGCUUGGCCUCGAGUUUCUUUGAUCUGAAGGAGUAUGACAGGGCUGCCUACUUUGUCCAGGACUGUAAGAACAACAAAGCUUACUUUUUACACAUGUAUGGGAGAUACCUUGCUGAUGAAAAGAGGAAGCUAGACAAUGCUCCUGAUUCAAUUGGUCCCCCAGACAAACUUGAAAAUGAACAUCUAAAAACUUUGAAGACAGAGCUGGCCAAGAAGUAUGCAAUAAAAGAGCUGGAUGGAUUCUGUAUCUACCUAUAUGGAGUGGUGUUAAAGAAAUUAGAUUUGUUAAAGGAAGCCAUAGAAAUCUUUGUUGAUGCUGUUAAUGCAGAACCCUUACACUGGGGAGCAUGGCUAGAACUGGUCACGCUCAUCAAAGACAAGGAAUCACUGUUGGCCCUGUCCCUCCCUAAUCAUUGGAUGAAGCACUUCUUCCUGGGUCAUAUUUACCUUGAGCUGCAGUUAAAUGAGGAGGGAUUAAAAAUUUACCAGCAUCUCAUGGACAAAGGCUUUGUUAAAAGUACCUACAUUGUGUCACAGGUCGCCAUGGCAUAUAACAACAUGAGGGAGGUGGACAUGGCUGUAAAUGCCUUCACAGAACUGUCCGAGAUGGACCCCUACAGAUUGGAGAACAUGGACUACUUCUCCAAUACUCUGUACAUAAAGGAGAUGCGGGCUGAUUUAGCUCACCUGGCGCACCGCUGUUGUGAUAUAGACAAAUACAGAGAGGAGACAUGUGUUGUUAUAGGUAACUAUUACUCUCUGCGACAGCAACACGAGAAAGCGGUGCUGUAUUUCCAGCGGGCCCUGAAGCUGAACCCUCAGUACCUGUCCGCCUGGACUCUGAUGGGCCACGAGUUUAUGGAGCUCAAGAACACCACUGCAGCAAUCCAGGCCUACAGACAGGCUAUUGAAAUCAACAUUCGAGAUUACAGAGCCUGGUAUGGUCUGGGACAGACCUAUGAGAUUCUAAAGAUGCCAUUUUAUUGUCUGUAUUACUACAGGCAGGCACAGAAACUAAGACCCAACGACUCUCGUAUGGCGAUGGCACUUGGUGAGUCAUAUGAGAAAUUGGAGAGACUACAAGAGGCCAAGAAAUGUUUCUGGAAGGCCCAUGUAGUGGGGGACAUGGAGGGGAUGGCACUCAUCAAACUGGCCAAAUUACAUGAGCGUCUUGGUGAAGAGGACCAGGCUGCCUCAGCUUAUACAGAAUACAUCAAUGAGGCUAAUAGAAUGGGGACUUUCAGUGCUGAGGACCAGAGUCAGGCGUAUAAGUACCUCGCUAACUACCACCUACAGAGGAACAACCUAGACGAUGCUUACUCCGCCGCCCAGAAGUGUACUGAGUUCCCAGAGAGGAGGGAGGAAGCCAAGGGAAUCUUAAAAGACAUCCAGAACAGGCGAGCCAAGAAGGAGGGGGCGUACGCCCACCCGGUCAGAAUGGACGAUAGCCUGGGGUCAAUCUGCCCCGACCCCCUCAAUGUCAGCACCAGGACCCCGUCUGUCUGUCUGUCCCCCGUCAAUCUCAAGUUUGACAUCGGGGACGACUGACACUGGAUAUAAUUGUUUAUAGGUAUACAGUUAUUGAGGAGAGGAUGCUUCUGUGGGAAGUUGGACAUUGGCAAGUGGGUUUGCAACACAAUCUAUAGACAGAUGUUAGCCUUGUUGGGUAUUAGUUUACCAAUUUACAGGAUGAUAGACUACUUUUGGUUCUGUGUGUAUGAAGAUGUAUGUAAAUUAAACGAAGUACUGUCAAAUGUGUGUGAAGAUUAACACUGAGAAAAAAACGGUUAAAUGACACAUAAGAAUUAUUGGAAGACAUGAUUAUGAUUAUGGCCAGAUACAUGCACAUAGACUUCUUCUGUAGUCAGAUUUUACCACCAUAGUACAAAAUAAGUUUGAAUCAUUUCACAUCAAUACAUUUUUUUAUAUGGAUCAGCAAUAAUGCACUAGUGAUGAAAGAUGACUUUCAUGUUUUUCCCUUAUAUUAGCUUUGUUAUUGUUGAAUAAAACUAGAAAAUAGUA